ACAAACUCACCUACGCGUAUGGAUGGCUGGCUACAUACCUACAUCAAACAGAGGCGGAACAGAAACAACCGUUCAUCGUUAGCUGUUUGGCCGUUCGGUAAACCGACUGCUGCUGCUGCUGCUGUAUGGGAUUCUAGCAGCGGUGGGCGCUAUCGAUUCGAGCUGAAGCGUGGCGCAAAUUGCCGGUCGAAAUCAGUCGGUCGCAGAUCGCAAACGUAUCGAAUAGUGUGCUCUAGUCCUACUACACAGUGCGAGCGAUUGUUUGACGCGCGAUGCUUUGAGAUUUUGUUUCGUCGAAGGUUCGGUCAAUGCUAGUAGCCACACGUGUUCUACCGUCGUUAUGGUCCUUCGAUUGUUAUCAUAGUCGAGCGGAGUGAGUCAGGGCUGUGGAUAAAAGUAAAAAAAAAAACACGAAAAACCACCCCGGAAGAGUGCAUAGACCUGGUGGAUAUGAGGAGGGGUUGAGUGCGAUUCCGUUGAAUGACAGCUAACGGUUGUUAAUCUAGCGCUAAUGUUAAUCUAACUGCCAUUUCGAAGCAAAAGUGCAUUUGCUCAAUUAGUUUUCAAGUGCGAGACGAGACGGAGCGCAAUAAAUAUCAACAAGCGGGUGAAGGGCUAGGAAAAAUCUAGUGCAAAUUUCGUAAUACUAGCGGAGUCUGGUGUGUAUAUAAAAAUAAACGCAGCAUUCAACAGCAACACGGCAUCAUUAAACAAGCAACUGCUUAUCUGCGCCCACCAGUACAGUGCCACAUGCUUGGGCGCGUACGGUUAUUGCGCAUCAAACGACAAACCUGUAGAUCACUCAGGCAGGAGCGAGUGUUGCAUCCAACACCAGCGAACGACGGCUGGCUACUCGAAGUGUUAGAAACGCCGUGUGCCGUGUGAGAUAAAAACUACUGAACAGCCGGCGCGCAGAGAAGCAUUCGGUGGCGCACCAGAUUUCUGAGGAACGUUUGUUUUUCUCUCUCUUCAGACUGCGCCAAUUCCACCACACUUGCUAGAUAACUGGCUGGAGUCGCAAACAUCGUGCACAGUAUUUCGAGCAAUUAUUAUGAACGGCUGUGAUUUCGCUGAUCGGUCGCGUUAUCUCUCGAGUAUCGGAUAUUGACACUGUCAGCGGAUAGACGGACACAUCGUUAACAGUAACGGUUAGCUACAACUAAGUGCGUUGUGUGAUCAAGAAAUCUAGGUAAAUUAAUAUACUGUAUUGUGCCGGUUUGCCGGGAGGCCAUGAACCAGCGGUUUACUGGAUCUGAAGCGUGAACAAAAUUACACCGUUAAAAGUAGUGUUCUUCCUGUUGCUAACUAAAAGUCGUAGCUGUUGUUCGAUCGUUUUGGGCUAACGGAAACAUUCACUGAACGGAAAAGUUAGUGCUUUUGAUUCGUUUGUUGAACCUUGAAUCACUGCGUCAUCAUUGUGCUACCGAGAGCUAACCAUUUGAUCAACAUGUCCAUGAUGGGCGAUAUGGUUCAAAGAACUAGAACACUGUACGCGAGCAACAAUCCACCGGUUGUGCCAACAGUCAUGUCCUUGGAGGAAUCCCGCCGGACGCAGCGGCCCUACCGGUAUGGAAUGAUACUGCUGUGCGUGGGCGCUCUGGUCAACUGGCUCGGACUUGCAGAGAACUAUUCGGAACCGAUCCGGUAUACGGGAGUGGCGUGUAUUCUUGCAGGAGCGUGUUUGAUUUGUACGGCCAUGUGCUGCUGGCUGCAUGCACCGAACCGUAGCGGGUCUUCAAAUGAGAACGACGAUCCGGUGCACGUAAUAAGUUCAGCAGAAGAACGUCGAUGCGAGAAACCUCCGGAUUACGACACCGUAGCGGUGGCGCCUCCCAGUUACGACGACGCCAUCAAGCUAGAUCCGUCCGCCCUGUUGCACCUCUCGCUGGUGGCUACAGUGGAGCCUAACCAUAGUACCUCAUCCUCCUCAAAUAGCAAUACGACAAAUAGCGACUUAACUACUACUACUACUACUACUACUACUGCUACUAUUACUACUACUGCUGUCGAUACUAGCGGUGCGACCACCGCUAGCCCUACGUCAUCCACGACGAUCAACUUCCCGAGCGUUCAUACUCGCUCCAGGGAUAGCCAUAGUACUGCUGUUGAAGUUGGUCAAGCCAGCUUCUACACCGAGAAUGAAAAACAACGGGAAAGUCCACCCAAGUAUGAAGUAAUCGGCCAACAUUCUGCUGCUCACUCUUCACAUGCACCGCCACCACCUAUAUUGGUUGCCGCAAUUCCUGCCGUGGUGAACUCAACAAACGGGGUUCCCCCAUAAAAUGACUGACGUGUAUUUUUUUUUUCGAUUAAGUGAUCCCGCAAAAAAGAAGGUCGUGAGUAAACUGAUCGAAGUUUCUAUUAUUUUUUCUGUUAUUUUUAUAUAUAUAUGACGUUUCGAUAACGAUUAGUAGAUAAGUUCGAAGCUGAAUCCACUUGUGCCAAAGUGGGUACCAGCGAUCGCAAGGCUGUGCUCAACUUGUGUAAUAUUUGUACUUACGUUGUAAGAUGAAGUUAAAGAAAAAAAAAAAUCCCAAGUCAUUUGUAGUGAUUACAAAAUCAGAAGCAAUGGUGAAACAAAAGAAAAACGAUAUUUUGAUAGUGGGUAGUGAGUCCGCUCGUGCGUGCAAACAAGUAUUAAGCAAUGAGAGAGAAAAAAAAAACAACAACUAAGAUUGCGCGCGCGCGUAGGAAUAAAAACAAACGACAGCAAACGUCAAAUCCCGCUUCGAGCUCGUUCGAACCGAAUGAAACCGAACGCAAGGAGGUGCUGAAUAAGCGGUAUCUCGAUGUUAAUCGUUUUGUCACGAGUUUGCCAAAUUGUUAAUCCUAAACGAAAAUUUAUGACUCGAUCAGAAAGCAAAUAUGUUACAAGCAAGUGUUAAUCUCAAUGCAGGGUUUAAUUGAGUGAACUGAACAAACCCACAGUCGGUUGUUUAACAUGUUUCAUCUCAUAGAUUAUUGUACCAGCAGUGCGCAGCGCACACGGGUAACGCGCAAGUGUUUUAGCUAGCUAGAACGAAUGAAGUCAUUUGAGCUAGGGUAAGCUUAGGAGGUAUGAAACCAUUCGAAAUAAUUGUGUAAAAAAAACAAUAAAUAACUUAUU